UAAUUGUAAACAUUGCGGUGCGUGAUAUUGAAAUAAUGAGAAAAUAGUAUUAAAACGUCAAAUUGAAAAAAAAAUCGUUAUGAUAUUAAAUAUAAGUGACGUGUGUGCAUUUGCAAAUGCAACUGCAUCAACCAGAAAUUUUCUGGAAGGUGAAAAAUUAUUACAUGCGGGACAUCUUCUGUUUUGCGGGAAGGAAGCAGAGGAAGACAAUUUAAUUAAUUUAAUUGCAUUUUGCAUUCAAUCAUCGAAAAUAAAAGAUGCACCACAUGAAAUAAAACGUAGCUUAUUAAACGGCAAAAUAAAUUUGAUCAAAUGUUCGUGUACCGCUGGCCAAAGCCAAAAGUGUAAACAUGUGGUAGCAACUUUGUUGUUGUUGACAAUUAAGAAUACUGAUGAGCUGGACUCCGUUUCCUUUACCGACAAAAAAUGCUUGUGGGACAAUCCUCGAACGGCCUGCUUGGAACAAUACGAACCAGCACCAAUAGAAAUCCACGAUUGCUGUGCUGACAAAUUUAAAAAGGAAUAUUCAUUUUCAGUUUCCGAUGAAACAAAAAAAAAAUUGAAAAGUUAUUAUUUACUUGUAAUCCGGAUUCGGCAUUAACAAAACAUAAGUACGGAUAAA